AGUAAACAAAAUGCAACUCUUGUUCACUGAAGCAGCGAAAAGGAGAAAUGCCUAAAAUGUAUAACUGUGAAGCAUAAUCUGAAUUUCUCCAUUGAAGCAGCAAAAUGGAUUCUAGGGAAACAAACUGCAUUCUUCCUGAUGAUCUGUUUGAGGGUAUCCUUUCAAGGCUGCCAGUGAGUGACUUAUUGCGUAUGUGAUGUGUCAGUAAGUCAUGGUGUGCCCUCAUCGACGAUUCUAGCUUCAUUUCGAUGCACCACCGUGCUCAAUAUGCCAUGUGCAAAGAAAAUGGGGAUGUGCCUCUCCUUCUUAUGAAGCGCUCAUCUGUAGUCACAACUGACUCAAGCCAAUGGUAUCUUCUCUUUAAACAACAAGGGGACGACAUUGUUUUGAAUUUGAAUUCUGAUCUAGAUCGUGAUAAAAACUCUGUUUUCACAAUUGAUCCCUCCUAUAGAAUAGAUGAAGUCAUAUGUAGAGGCAGUGCAAAUGGCGUCAUUUGUCUUGAACUUUGGUGCAUCAGUUAAGAAUGGUUGAGUGUUAGUAUUAGUUGUUGCUUAUGGAAUCCGGCCACAAGAGAUUUUAAGAUGAUUGCCUACCCUGAUGCACCAGAUAUUGAUCUUCAACAUGGACGCAAUGUUGUGGUAGUUGGCUUUAUGUUUCAUUCAGUGUCUAAUGAUUUGAAGAUUAUGACUAAAACUUGUAUUGUGUCUUCUAACAAAAGAUUAGCAUACGAUAUUUACUCACUUAACACCAACUCUUGGAAGAGACUUGAGCCGCCAUUGUUAUUGGGUUGUCUUGGCAAUAUUCAACGUCCUGUUAUGGAUUCAUGCAUAAAUGGUGUUUAUUAUUGGAUUGCCGAUGCCAUAGGAAGUCAUAUGCACCCUAAGCUAGCUCAGCAUCACUUGUAUUGGGUCCUAUCAUUUAAUAUGAGCACUGAGCUUUUUAAAUUUUCUGAUCCUCCUCAAGUGGAUUGGGAUUAUCUAUCUUCCCCUAGUGAUACAAAUUAUGAUAUUGGGUUGUACAAGGAAUGCCUCGCAAUAUUUGUCACCCACAGAUCUCGUCCCGAGUUAGUGGGUAGUUUUUACAUCUGGGUAGCCACUGAAUUUGAUGAUGACUUUGGAGUCCCAUUGGCAUGGCAGUGUUUGUUCUCUUCCAGACCAUUUCCUUCACUUUAUGGUCCAAAUGUUAUGACUGCACGAAUGGAUGGCGAUCUGCUGCUCCUCAUCAAUGUUGAUCUGUGCCUUUAUAAUCCCGCAACAGACAAUAUCUCGAGUUUUAGUAUAAGACUUGAAUUUUGUUACAGAUAUGUGGUGAGUUUGUUCCCUUUAUUAAGGAGGGUUGUCCAGAAUUAAGCUCAUCUUUGUAUGCUGGUGGAUUCUUAGAGCAUUUGUGGUUACUCUGGUUAGAGUAUGGAUUUGUUUCAAAUUGUGGUUUGGAUUGUAUUACACAAUAAAAUUACUGGCUUCUUUUUAUUAUAA